GAAUUGGACUCCCCCUCCCUAUCUCCAUUUUUAACCUCCUAAAAUACUCUCCAAUGUAAGAAAUUAAGAGUCCAAAAUCUCCAUUUUUAGCAUUUUAGACGCCUAAUGCCUUAUCACUACAAAUGGUCUUACAAAUUUGAAAACAAGUGUUUAAGGCAUAAGUGCAUAACAUCACUUUUACCCCAAAUUUGUAAGUUUUUUUUGUACUGGUAACUUUGUUCCUCUAAAAUAUCCUGACCAAACGGAUUGCAGGAAGCUACCUCAUCGGCCUCCGCAUAUCACUCCAGCAAAUAAGAAGGAUUGAUACUCCGUAUAUCGGUAAGUGAAAAUGAGUUAUGCUUCAGCCAUAUUUUCACAAUUUCUGCAACCGGGAUUGUGUCCCUACUCUCCCAGCCGGCGUAGUUUUAGUUCAAGAAUCCCAGGGGCUGUUUCUGUCCUCAAAUCAUAUAUUCCUGUGAGCGGGGUUGAUGAAGACUAUGUUUUGAGAGACUUCUUGAAGGAGAGAAAGUUGAAUGGAGACUUCAUAGCUAGAAUUUCUGAUAAAAUUUGGCUAAGAGACGUUGCUAACGUUGAAUAUACAGAACCUGAGACUGGACCGACAAAUAACGUUCAGCUAUUGGAGGAGGAUUUAGGGGAAGGAAAUGAAGGUGGGUUUUUGAAAUUUAAGAGCACCAGAGCAUGGCUCCUAGGUGAGGCCUCACCACCUGUUAAUAAGAAGAGAACCUUUAAGGAGCUACAAGAUGAUAGUGACAGACGGAAAAUGCUGAACUUUCUCAGAUAUGAAGCUCUGAAGAGGGACUUGCUAUUUUUAACUGUCAGCAUUGGGACUGCUUGUGGUGGAUAUUGCCUCCUAGCUUUUUCACCAGAGGCUGCUCUAAGCUACACAACAGGAGUGUUUUUCAGUUGCAUGUACUUACAACUGCUAUGCCGGCAUGUGGAUAUGCUCACAAGGGAAAUGGUUCCAGAAAUAUUCAUGAAAAAGAAAGAGAAGAAAAUUGGAAUUAGAAGUCAAGACUUUAAGGAUUUGUUUGAGAGAACAGUUAAGGGUAGUGGCAUUGCUCUUUCAUCCACCAGACUUGUUAUUCCUGCAGCAAUAUAUGGAUUAUGGGAGUUAUCUCAGCAUUCUAACCACGUUCUUUUUGACUUCCAGCUGGUGCCUGCAGUUUUAGGGCUAUUCGUGUACAAAGCUGCUGCUCUAGUGCAAGUCUACAGAGACAAUGAUGACCUUCAAUUUGUUUUUCCGGAGAACGAAGAAGUGUCUGACAACUGAGGAAGAUGUUCAUUGGCAUUUGCUCUUUUCAUGGUAUUAGACGUUUUCUAGUUCCACCUGAUGGGUUUAGACUAAGAGGCCUGACUAACCAAUGCGCAUCUGAGUUGAGGUUGAGCCCAUUGCUCAGCCUUGGGAAUAGCCCUUAAUGACCGAUGUUGAGCCCAGCUCUCGUCCUAUGAAGAGACUGUUGCUUGCUUUCUAUUCACAAUGUCUGGGUAUUCAUUCUGGCAAUGAUUCGGGCAUUCUGCUUGACGCACACCAGUCUCGGCGUGUCAUUAUGCAUGAAUUAGUGCAAGAAUAAUAUGAAGGUAGUCACUGACUUUCUUUUUUUUACUAAUGCAAACAUUGAUGGUGAGCCAUUUGAAGACUUUCUUGUGGUUAACUACUGUGAGUUGUGACUGGUUUCAUCUGUAAAUUUCAUUCAUUAUCCGGCUACUUCGUAAUUUGCAACUUAUAAAAAUUCCGGAGAUGGCACCUUAUGAUUUAAGGAAUUGAGAAGAUCAUUUUGGGAUGGUUAAAAAAGGAAAGCAGGAAGAUCUAAGCGGGACGGAGGGAGUAUAUUGUUGGUAUUUUAAUAGGUUCACAUGUUAAUAUUAAAAUGUUUUAACUUGGAUUUAUUUCAGUUCCAGAUCAGACUAGAAUAGAUCAGACUAGAUCAUAAAAAUCCAGUUCAAUUAUAAGCAUCUCACCCAUUGCCGAGUUGGUAUUGCAAGAGAGUGUUAUUAUAUAGAUGGGGAACGAUUGUUCGAAUCCUAGUCAAGUCGGUAUUUGUUUUUAUAAAAUUUAUAAAAUUUUGUUA